AUGGCUGCACAAGAGCUGCAGCAGCAAGACGACGCACUCGACCUCCAGUCCCGGUCGCUCACCGCCCUGCCACCUCUGCCCACAACUCUACUAGUUCUCAAUCUCACGCGCAACCGGAUCACAGAUCUCGCGCCGUGCAGCGCGCUCCUCAACUUGGAGCGCCUCGACGCGUCGAGGAAUAAAGUGCGAGUGCUGCCGCACGCCGUCGCCGCGUUGCCCCGACUCAAGGAAUUAUUAUUAUAUUCGAAUCACUUACGGCGCACCGGCCUGCCGGAGAAAAUUCAAGCGCCGCUCGCGUUGCUCGACCUGCGGUUCAACACCAAGCUGACAGGAGACGUUGUCAGGGAGGAGAUCUCCGCGCGAUGCACAACUGAAACAAAGGUGCUCGUCUCGCCGCGCCGGGCGCCGCUCCCACCGGCCGGCACGGUCGACUGCGCGGCGACGCGCGACGCCGAAACGCUCGAGGCCCAGCUCCAGCCCUGGUCGACGCCGCAAUUACGUAGAAGAUUGUCGGACGAGUUUUCCGUCCAGACGGACCCGGAGGCGCCGCGGAGCGUGAUCAUGGCGUUAUUACUUACGGCUUACUUACGCGAGGGGCUCUUCGAUCAAAGACGCAUUCGGAGGGUGCGGCCCGUCCGGCAAGUAUCCGCGGCCACGGCGUCCGCACUGCUCGCGGAGAUCCGACGGACCCAAGAAUUAGUGAACAGCACGCCCGGGAGUCGACGCGAGCGCCCGCGCGUCGACGCAGAAUUAUACAUCACCUUUCACGCGCCAAAUACAAUUUUUCGCGCCGCCGACGGUUCGUAUAACGCCGAAUCCACGAAAGCCAAGCUCGCGACGCAGAAGCGCCAGAAACAUCAAAAGCUCUGGGAUCUAGCCGUCCAAGCGUUGACCGAGGCCGACGCAAGUUACGCGGCGACGUUCACCUCCCUAGCAGUCACGGGCAACUUUAGGGGCAGCCCGCACAUCGACACGGAGAAUGUGGCACCCUUCUACGCGCUGGCCCUCGGCGAGUUUACGGGCGGCGGCCGCAUCGCCGUCGAGAGUGGAGUAAGGGAGGUCACGCACGUCGACACGCGCUUCGGCUUCGCCAAGGUCGACGGGCGCUUCCCGCACUGGGUCACGCCCUACGAUGGAGAGCGGUUCUCGCUGAUCUACUACACGACGGAGGGGGCGUCGGUGCCGGUCGCGGGGGCGGUCGUGGAGGGGGCGGUCGUCGACGGUUAA